AUGCAGAUGGAAGGAAAAUUGAUUGCUCGCUGGGGUUUGCCCUGCCUGUCUGGGCCUGCCUUCCUCCCUGGGUACCUAGGUAGCUACGUUAGCACGAAUAGAACUCAGUGCAUCCCCCUGGACGGCUCGCUCCCUUCUACGCAUGUUGGGCCUGGUGUGAGGAAAUGGGCGACGGCCGACCAGGGCGAGGCGGGGACCGCGAGCGGUGGAGCCCCUACAGCGGUCUUCCAGGGCCUAGAACAGCACUUGCCCCUCUAUAACCCACCCCUGCGCAGCUCUCCUUGCUCCGUCACUGGCACCUCCGGUACCCACAGCCUGGGACUGCACUUGGCAGGCAGCCCGGCCAUGCCUCGUCUGGCCCAGGGCCUGCCUCCACCACCACAGUGCCAAGCCGAUACAUACAGCCGAUCACUGCCUGAACAUGUAUCUCUGCCCUUGCUCGGCCAGCCAGCGAGGGAGCCAGCGAGCCGGCGAGGGCUGGGUUCUCGGUUGGUUGUUGGAAAACGGUCACCUCCAGGGCUGCUUCCUACCGAGGUCGAGAGAUCAGUGAAGGUGCUGCCCGAUAUUGUCUUUUGGCGGCACGAGUUCGAGCCAUCAUGCUGCGUCGCCGUCACGACACCAGCCUAG